CAAUUGGACAUCCUCUACCUGGGACCCGAUUUAUUGCCUUUAAAGUUCCUUUAAAGGGGGCAGUUAAUCAGAGACUUACCCCAGCCCAGAAGUUUACACCAAAAGACUUAAUUAGUGCAAUAAAAGCACUAAAUGUGGAGCUUGGGUUAAUUAUUGAUUUAACAUAUACCACAAGAUAUUAUGAAGUUAAGGACUUACCUAAAAAUAUUAAUUAUAAAAAACUUUACACUGUUGGACUUGAAGUCCCUGAUAAUGCUACUAUUCUGCAGUUCAAAAAAUGGGUCAGAGAGUUUCUUUGGGAAAAUGCAGAAAAUGAUAAACUCAUUGGAGUUCAUUGCACUAAUGGAAUUAACAGAACAGGAUACCUUAUAUGUAGGUACCUUAUUGAUGUUGAAGGCUGGGAUCCAGAUACAGCAAUUCAAGCUUUUGGUGAGGCCCGGGGUCAUCAAAUAGAUGGUUGUGUGUACUUAAAGGAUCUCAAAACUCGGCCCAUGAGAAGUAAUCUUGGAAUGGAUGUCUGGGGUUCUGAUGAAGAUGCAAAUCCCCCAUUCAAUUCUAUGGAAGAAUCCAGGGAUUGGCCCUCAGAUAAAGACUUUCAUGGGUCUGGGAAAAAGUCAAGGCUCCUUAAUGAUCAGCACCCUCAAAAUGAUGUACAGAUAACAGAUUAUGAUAACGUCAACAAUGGACCUGCCCAAAGGCAUAGGGAUUUUUAUGAACACCAGUGUAGUGACAGCAUGCCAGAAAAGAGACACCUAAGAAAUUGGGAUUUUGGUAACAAGAGACCAAGAUGUUCAUUUUUUGCUAAUCAUCAGUGUUAUAUCUCCCAAGAGGAAAUGGAUUUUAAUAACAGGGUACCUGGAACAAGACCACAACCAUUUCAUGACAAUCAGCCUCACAGUGACUUCCAUGAACCAGAUCGUAGAGAUGGUUUUGAUUUUGUUAGCAAAGUUUGUGGACAAAGGAUGCCUACUGUUCAUAACCAUCAGGCCUAUAAUAACUUUCGGGAACAAUUUUCAACAAAAGAUUUCAGUUUUGCUAACAGAGGAUGGAGACAAAAACAACAGCCUUUUCAUAACAGCUGUGAGUACUUACCUCAUGGUGGUUUUCAGGACCAGUUACCUGUAGAGGGUUUUAAUUACCUCAGUACAGGUGGUUUUCAGAGACGAAGACCUUUCCACCAGCACUAUUGUCAUGAUGAAAUGAAUUUGGAAGAUUUAGAAUAUACUGAUGAAGUAUCAGAGCACAUACUGGGACCUUUACAUGACCAUUCCAAAAUUGAUCUCUCAGAGAAAACGCCGUUGAAAAAAUGUGUUAGUAGAGGUCAUGGAGGAAGACUACCACCAUUUCAAAAGUUUCAAAAACAAAUGCAAUUAAGAAAUUUUGAUUUCAACAAUGGAACUAGACCACAGCAUAUGUCUUACUGUGACCACUCACCUAGUGAGCCACAAGAACAAAUGCCUUCAGAAGAUUUGGACUUUGAACAUGAAAAACCCUUACAAAAACCAAGAUGUUUUCAGGACCACCCACUUCCUAUUAACAUAAAUCCUGAUUGGUAUUUAGACAAGAAUUUUGAUACUGAUAAUUGCAGAAGCAGAAGUCAGAGACUGGCCUGUCCGGAAGACAGUCGAAGAGUACAUCCUUUAAAUGGAUUUACAUGCAGGAGACUGAGCAGAUUCACACCAUAUUCUUUACACGGACUUUCAUCUACCUGUGUACUCCAAGAAGACGGUUCAGUUGUCUAUUGUAGAGGUAAAAAUCCAAGAGAUAUGGAAAAACACAGAAGAUCAUAUUUUUAAGCUAUUGAUUACAAUUAUGGUAUGCCUAUAAGUUGCAGAGCUGAAGAGAGUGUUAUGAUUUACCAUCAAGAAAAAACUAGAAGUGGUGCUGAGUAGUUCAUUUUAAAAACUAUCAAUUAUUUAUCUAUUUGCCUCCCUUUUCAUUGUUUUUUGCUAAAAAUCAUUUCAUAAUAAAAAAAGUUGUAUAUCAAAAUUCAACUUGUGUUAUUAUAAAAUUAGCCAUCUAUGUUAUGUGUUUCUUUCAAUUUUUUGGAAAGAAUAUUUAUAAAUAUGCCUAAGGACACUGACAAUGUAAAGUACAAAUAAUUGUUGCUUUUUCAAAACUGGAAAUCUAUUUGAUUUAUUGAGGCUUUAUUUUUAGUUAUUUAUAAUAGUGAACUGCAUUUCUGGUUAGAAACAUUGUAAAAAUAAAUAAUUUCAU